AUGAUUUGGAACUAUAUACCCCACGUCGUCUUUCUUGGCUUAUCUGUUGGUGUGAACAACCUGAGGACAUUGUUCGCUGUAAAGCUGAUAUUAACAAACUUUGUGCGACUGCUCCUAAGCAAAAACAGUGCUACAGAGGUAUCAUUAAAACCGUAUGUUACAUUAGAGUGUUUCAGGUUCUGUAACUCUGUGACUGAUUUAAUUAUUUUAAGAAUCUACAAAGGUUGUAGACUUCUCUUAUUUAUAAGACAAUGAAGUUGUCGCCGAUCUUUCGAUUCCACAACAGUUUUGAAUCAUUAUGUACUGGCAUACUUCCAUAUCAUCCAAGGAAGAAGGGACACAAUAGGGGAAAUGUAACAUUAGACACCUAUAACCUUGGGAGAGUUGAUAGUUUCAAGUAUCUUGAGCAACGAUCACUGCCGACAGUGACAUCACUGAGAUCAAAGGCAGAAUCCAAUUUGCGAAUCGGUGCAUGUUCUCUUUAAAUAAUUUUGUUAAAUCGAGAAGUCUCACACGGUCAUCUAAGAUCAGGAUCUAUAAGACCAUCAUAAGGCCAAUAGCGAUGUAUGGCUGUGAAACGUGGUCGAUGACGAGAGCUAAUGAAGAACAGUCUAGACGUUUCGAACACAGGGUAUUAUGUAAGAUUUUUGUUCAUUUCUGCGACCCAAAUAUCAGGAAGUUGUUUGCGGAUAGUGACAUUGGCCAAGAAAUCAAAGCACAGCGACUGAUAUGGGCUGGACACGUUCCAUUUAGUAGAGUUGAUCUGGGAAGAAACACCAGCUGGUAAAAGACAUUUAGGUUGCCUCAUAUGAGAUGAAGGGAUAACAUCAAGUCAGACCUUGCAAAAAUAAAGUUGAUCUCUAAAGCAGCACUGACGAAAGACCGGACCAGAUAGAGGCAAACUGUGGAGUCAGCCAAAAUACCCUCAGGGUUGUAUUGCUAUUUGUAACUACUCCCAGGUAGUGGCGUCAGGGAGUCCAGUUCUAUAUGGAGUUCCGUGGUUUCACCUGUCGAAUUGUCUGUAGAAAUUGUAAACAAUGAAAGAAAUUGCAAAGUUCAGAUUGAAACGAUAUAUAUUUCCUGAAAAGACAACGCCAUAUGCUAUGUAUAAGAGAGGUCGGUGACCUUAUAUGUUACCUGCUAGGACUACAAGAAGUCGUACACUUGCAUUCAGAUAUGCUAGGUCUAAUAUAACACAUUUUACUGGGUAAAGUGACGUUCUACGAAAGAAAGGAGGCCCCCAUAUACUAUGGCGUGAUCUACUGCUAGGUCCCUUGGUGAUGUUAACCAGUGCUCAUAUGAUAAGGUGUAGGAAUGUAGCAGAAAGCCAGCCAAAGCGGUACAACGUUAAGGUUUCAAGCGAUGCUAGGUUCGAUCUAGCAGGUAGUUCUGGUCAAAUCUUGGUCUCAGUUAUGUACGGAGAAUGCAGAAGAAAACGUACAGGAGGUAUAAAAUGUUGAAGGUUCACUAGGGCAGGUUCACCAGGUGAAAUCCAGAGAAUACUGUAUACACUGAAUACAAAAUGCAGAAUGCACCAUACAAUGUCGAUAACUAAAUCAAUAAAACCACUGUAAAGGAUAUACAGCAUAUUAUUUCUAGCUACAAUUUCUUAAACCUAGAUGGAAAUCGUAAGAACAGAGUUGCAGGUACAUAAGACAUUCUCAAAUUGGUGGUUUUCUAAAGGAG